CUAAAGCUCCCUUUUUUAUUUCCGGUUCACGUCAGAUUGGAUGACAUUGUCCCAAGUAAUGGCACACACGCUAGGAGCCUCAAUAUAACGGGUUGUUUAUCAUCUUGCGCAUUAGUUGAAUACCACCUAACGUGCGUUUUUGUCAUAAUGGACAACAUGUCUUCUACUACUGCGGGUUACAACGAGGAGAUGCAGCAGCAAGGCGCACAGGGCUCUCCCACUAAGGUACCGAACAUCAUGAAAUACAAACCCACGGAGGAGGAGAUGAAGGUGCUGAAAGAAUGUCGUAGAGAGAGUUUUUUUUACAGAGAGUUGCCCUUUGCUGCGGUAGGCGCUGCCUUGUGUCAUGCCCUUAUUGUCAAAGGGUUUGUCUCUGCAUCACCCGGGUAUGGAUCUUUACCCAAAGUGGUCUUUGGAGGCAUGUUUGGCUUCAUGGCGGGGCGGGUAUCCUACAUCCCGAAGUGUCAGGAGAAGUUGGAGAAGUUGGAACACUCUCCGAUAGCAGAGAGAUUUAGAGGGAUGUUGCUGCAGCUUCCACAAUCUCCCGGCGGUCCUCAGUCAGAGAUGAGCGACCCCGACAUCCCCAGCUUUGGCGCCAUGUUCCAGCCCGCAGAAGACCCCGGCCAGACACCAGAGCGAGGCUAUCCAAGAAGGAGCGUGGACUAUAACGCGCCAGACCAGACCGACAUGGAGGACGACGUCCCCAAGAGGAAGGCCACCCUCUAUGAAGACCUGCGGCUCAAAAACCGAGAGAACUACGAGGUGACACUGACUCAAAAGACGGAGACGCUCCUUAAAGCCCCACCUGAGAAGGAGUGGGAAAGGCCGACAAAGAACGUGAAGAAAAACAGCUAUGGAGACACCUGGGAAGAAUGAGUCAGGUGACACUACCUCAGCGGCCAUUACUGACUUUGAAGGGACUCGCGUGUCGUUCUGUUGACUUCUUCUUUGCAAAUUAAACCAAAGUGCUGACGUGGUCAGUCCUUGGAAUCA